UUAAUUAAUUUAAAGUUGAUAAAUUUAAAAUGAAAAUUAAAAAGGACCAAUUUGGCAAACCCUAUAAAAAACGCUGUGAGAAGUGAAAAAGCUCCGAAAGGACAAAAGAGUUGAGAGGAAAAAAACCCUUGCAUAGAUAGAGAGCAAACCUAAGCUUGAACUCAGCAGCGAAUUUUAAGCGUUCAUCGUCAAUGGACGCCAUAAGGAAGCAACUGGAUGUGUUAAUGGGAGCUAACCGGAACGGCGAUGUGACGGAGGUUGAUCGGAAGUACUACGACCGUGAAGUUUGCCGUCUUUAUCUCUCCGGUCUCUGCCCUCACGAACUCUUUCAGCUCACUAAAAUGGAUAUGGGGGCAUGCCCUAAGGUGCAUUCGUUGCCUCUAAGAAAAGAAUAUGAAGAAGCAAAAGCAAAAGGUCAGGAUAACUAUGACAGGGACUUGGAGGAUUUAAUAGAUAGGCUGAUUGUUGAGUGUGACAGGAAAAUAACUAGAGCUCUUAAAAGGCUUGAUGAGGAGGAUGCCAAAGCUGCUAUUGCCAUAUCAGUAUCUGAAGUUACCCUGACUCCGGAGAUUGAUGAGUUGUCAAAGCAAAUUAAAGAGAAGCUGAAAGAAGCUGACAUACAUGAUCUUGAAGGUAAGACAGAUAUGAAAAUUCGAGCUUUGGAAGAAGUUGAAGAACUUCGAACUAAGAGAGCAGACAAACAGUCAAUGCUUCUUUUGGAUGCAUUCAACAAGGAUCGAGCAUCUUUGCCGCAGCCACUUCAGAAUGCUCCACAAUUGGCACCCUUGCCUGCAUCUACUCCAGAUCCUCGCAUACAGGAAAUGAUAAAUGAGAAACUGAAGAAAGCAGAAGAUCUUGGUGAACAAGGGAUGGUUGAUGAAGCUCAGAAAGCAUUGGAAGAGGCGGAAGCUCUUAAGAAGCUACCUGUGAGGCAAGAACCUGUUCAGGAUUCCUCAAAGUACACUGCAGUUGAUGUGCGGAUUACUGAUCAGAAGCUCCGUGUAUGCGAUAUUUGUGGAGCUUUCUUAAGUGUUUAUGACAGUGAUCGUCGCUUAGCUGAUCAUUUUGGAGGAAAGCUUCAUUUGGGAUAUAUGCAAAUCCGGGAGAAAUUAGCUGAACUUCAGGAAGAAAGAAACAAGAAGCGCAAGGCAAUAGAAGAAGAUAGGAGAUCUAAAGAAAGGAAAAGCAGGGAACGCGAGAGAGAAUCAAGCAGGGAUAGAGUUGAUAACCGUGAUCAUGAUCGCAGGAGUAAAGAUCGCAGCUAUGAUCGUGAACGUGACAGAAACAGAGACCGCUCUCGGAACUAUGAUUCAAGGAGUCACAGGAGAUCACGUUCACGGUCAAGAGAAAGGUCAAGGGAUUAUGAUCGCCACAGGCGUCACGAUCGCUACUAGGUGAAAGUUGCUGUGGCAUGAGGAGUUGAAAUCUUGUGUCUUAACUUGGUGGAUGUUUGGUACUUGGUAGUAUCUAGGAGAUGAUGUCAUAUAUAUAUACUGCUGUUUUUAUUUGGUCGUUUUUUGGAUUAUGAAUUGGUAGGGGGAUGAAGUUUGAUAUUUGAUUAUCAAAAUGACAUUUUUUAUUGUACCACCCUUUGAGAUUGCACCUCUUGUGGAGAUAAUAACCCAUUUAAAAAUUCUUAGGCUUGUUUUCGCCAUCAUGGGUGAUUUGUUUGUGAA